AUGGAGAGGGGCAACCACACUGUGACCGAAUUCAUCCUGCUGGGCUUCACAACAGACCCCACGAUGCAGCUGGUCCUGUUUCUCCUGUUCCUGGGAGUGUACUCACUGACCUUGCUAGGAAACACCACCCUCAUCAUACUGAUCUGUAAUGAUGCCCGGCUCCACACGCCCAUGUAUUUUUUCAUUGGAAAUCUGUCUUUUCUGGACCUUUGGUAUUCUUCAGUCUACACCCCGAAGAUCCUAGUGACCUGCAUCUCUGAGGACAAAAGCAUCUCCUUUGCAGGCUGUGUGGCCCAGUUCUUCUUCUCCGCUGGACUGGCCUACACUGAGUGCUACCUGCUGGCCGCCAUGGCCUACGACCGCUAUGUGGCCAUCUCCAACCCCCUGCUCUAUGCUCAGGCCAUGUCAAGGAGAUUAUGCAUCUGUCUGGUUGUGUACUCCUAUACUGGGGGUUUUGUCAACGCAAUAAUCUUAACCAGUAACACAUUCACUCUGGACUUUUGCAGUGACAAUGUCAUUGAUGAUUUUUUCUGUGAUGUCCCACCCCUGGUGAAGUUGGCAUGUGAUGUGACAGACAGCUACCAGUCUGUGCUCUACUUCCUACUGACCUCCAACGUCAUCACCCCCACCCUGCUCAUCCUGGCCUCCUACCUCUUCAUCAUCGCCGCCAUCUUGAGGAUUCGCUCCACCCAGGGCCGCCUCAAGGCCUUCUCCACAUGCUCCUCCCACCUCGUCUCUGUCACCCUGUACUAUGGCUCUAUCCUCUACAUCUACUCUCGCCCCAGUUCCAGCUACUCCCUUGAGCGGGAUAAGCUUGUUUCCACCUUUUAUACUGUGCUUUUCCCCAUGUUGAACCCCAUGAUUUACAGUCUGAGGAAUAAAGAUGUGAAAGAAGCUCUGAAAAAACUCUUUCAUUUAUCACAGGCUGGUGUCUGA